UCCAUUCUGCAAGUACGCCGGUCCAUCGUGCAGUGGUCUCGACAUGUGGCGCUCCAAUUAAAUAGCAGGCGUACGUGCGUAAGUACGAAAAGUGACCGCCAACCAAACUAUGCACCAAGCAAUGCAAAGUUCAUGGAAGCUGAAGCUGAAGCUGAAGCCGAAGCCGUUACAUAGGACGUUGCGUCCUUUCCACUAUCCUCUACAUACUCCCAGCAAGUGUGCAGAAGAACUACAACACGAAUGCACUACACGAGCAGAGACCAAUAAUCCCCGGUAGACCAGAAGCAGAGUAAGUAGAGAGACCGAUGCCUCCUCCAAACGCCGGAGAGCAGCCGGCGCCGCGGCCGCAGAGCCCGCUCCGUGGCAUGAUGCCGCAGAGCCCGCUCCGGAUCAAGCAGGGCGGCAAGUUCUACGAGCGGCUCCUCACCAAGGAGAGCUCCGCGGCCAACCCGUCGUUCCGCUACUACUGGGCGGAGCCUGGCUCGGUGCCGUUCGUCUGGGAGACGCAGCCCGGCACGCCCCGGGACGACGCGUCCCGGAUGCACCCGGGCUGCGCGCUCCCGGCCAUCACCCCGCCCCCGUCCUACCUGCUGGACCGGCACUGCGCCGGCCCCGGCGGCGCCAAGGUGAAGGCCGCGGCAGCCUCUCGUGAUCGUGCCAAGGCCAAGAGCGGCGGGACCAACAACAAGGCUAAGGGUGGCAAGAAGCGGUACAGGUUCAAGCGUGUCAAGAUCGGUGGCUUCGUGGCCGACAUGUUCCGUAGGCUGGCCGUCGGCAAGGCGUGGUGGCGGCCGGCCGUGCUGUCCCCGGUCCAGGUCUCCUCGUCCAGCCGCUGGCUCGUGGCGACAGACAAGCAGGCCGAGCAUCAGCAUAAGCAGAAGCAGCAACGGCAACACCGUGGUCAGGACCCCGCCGUGCUGUGCUCCGGGUCGGCGCGUCAGCUGAGCUCGUGGAUGAUGCCGUUUCGCGGCACGGGGAAGCGGAACCGCGACUACAACGACUAAGCUAGCCCUGGAUCUGAUCGCUUCCUUUUCAGGUGCGGUGGUGCCAUCGAAGGGGACUAAAAGCAUGAUAUAAGUGUGGUUUGUUACUACUUACUUAUAAUUUGUUAUGGUUGCGAAAGAUGUCAGCAGAUUGUUAUGCGUCUGCUGCGCGCAGAUCGACUUGUUUGAUUACCCCUCCUUUGUCAGCAGGCCGUUCCGUUAAUUUGUUAUUAUUGGCCUACUGUGACCACCCGUGGAUCGCUUUCAGGUUUGGCACUUGCUUAGUUUCUUUUUGCUGCCUACUGUUACGGAACUUGUUGUUUGUUUUGCUGAUGGUGCAUGCAUGUUUCGGAUGGGAGUUUAAGUGUAUUGAGUCA